GGGCUAUCAUGAUCCACAUUAUGUAAAUAAGGUGCAGGGGCAUGUGCCAGUUAAACCGCAGUGCCGUGCGGAGCGCGAGGAAGAACAGGAGGCUUUGGACGGCAGGAGACGGGGCCGUCGGUAGAUGGCGGUAACCCAAGAAACCUGAUCCAGCGGCUUCUCGGGCGCCCUGUCUCAGUUUGCAGCACUCACACUGAAGGCAGAGGAGCUGAACACUUUUGAAGGACAUUAACAAAAACACACACACACACACACACAGGAGAGAGAGGGAGAGAAGGAGAGAGAGAGAGAGAGAGAGAUCUCACGGCGAGCCCGAAGCGCGGAACGCUUUUUUUUUUGCCGCAAAGACGAAGAAGAGAAAAACGGGAAAAGUCCAAACACCAUGGAAGAGAAAUCGAAUUCGUUCUCCAGCAGCAAGGAGGAGAAGGCGGACGGGAAUAAUGUUUUUCAGAGACAAGACUCGAUACAGAAAAAUAACACGGGCAGCCAGAAGGACCAUGGCAACUCCGUGGGCUUCAAGGGGGAGCGGGAAGAGGCCAUGGUCGGCUUUGACGAUCUGGAGGCGGCGGCCAGGCAACACGGGUUUAUGCAGAGGCAAUUUGGGGCCAUGAUGCAGCCCGGAGUCAAUAAGUUCUCCUUGCGUAUGUUCGGCAGUCAGAAAGCGGUGGAGAAAGAGCAGGAGAGGGUACAAACGGCCGGAUACUGGAUCAUUCAUCCAUAUAGCGAUUUUAGGUUCUACUGGGACUUGAUAAUGCUCAUCAUGAUGAUGGGGAAUCUAAUCAUCAUUCCUGUGGGAAUAACCUUCUUCUCAGAGCAGACGACCACCACCUGGCUGGUCUUCAAUGUGGCCUCGGACACCAUCUUCCUGGUGGACCUGGUCAUGAACUUCAGGACGGGGAUCGUCAACGAGGAGAGCUCUGAGAUCAUCCUCGACCCCAAGGUCAUCAAGAUGAAUUACCUGAAGAGCUGGUUCGUCGUGGACUUCCUCUCGUCCAUUCCAGUGGAUUAUAUCUUUUUAAUAGUAGAGAAAGGCUUUGACUCAGAGGUAUAUAAAACAGCCCGCGCCCUGCGAAUCGUCCGCUUCACCAAGAUCCUCAGUCUUCUUCGCCUGUUGAGACUGUCCCGACUCAUCAGAUACAUUCAUCAGUGGGAGGAGAUCUUCCAUAUGACUUAUGACCUGGCCAGUGCAGUGGUAAGAAUAUUUAAUUUGAUAGGGAUGAUGCUGCUCCUGUGUCACUGGGAUGGCUGUCUCCAGUAUCUGGUGCCGCUCCUCCAAGACUUCCCCCCUGACUGCUGGGUGUCGCUAAAUGGUAUGGUUAAUGUUUCCUGGGGAAAGCAGUACUCCUACGCCCUCUUCAAAGCCAUGAGCCACAUGCUGUGCAUCGGGUACGGUGCCCGGGCGCCUGUCAGCAUGUCCGACCUGUGGAUAACCAUGCUGAGUAUGAUUGUAGGGGCCACAUGCUACGCCAUGUUUGUUGGCCAUGCUACAGCGCUAAUCCAAUCACUGGACUCUUCACGAAGGCAAUACCAGGAGAAGUACAAACAAGUGGAGCAAUACAUGUCCUUCCACAAGCUUCCAGCAGACAUGAGGCAGAAAAUCCACGACUACUAUGAACAUCGCUACCAAGGCAAGAUCUUCGACGAGGACAACAUCCUGAGUGAACUCAACGACCCGCUAAAGGAGGAAAUUGUCAACUUUAAUUGCCGUAAGCUCGUGGCCACCAUGCCUCUGUUCGCCAACGCAGACCCCAACUUCGUGACGGGGAUGCUGAGCAAGUUGAAGUUCGAGGUCUUUCAACCAAACGACUACAUUAUCAGAGAAGGCACGGUCGGGAAGAAGAUGUACUUCAUUCAACACGGUGUUGCAAGUGUCAUCACAAAGUUCAACAAGGAGAUGAAACUGACGGAUGGAUCCUACUUUGGAGAGAUCUGUCUGCUCACCAAGGGCAGACGGACAGCGAGCGUGCGUGCAGACACCUACUGCAGACUCUUCUCCCUCUCUGUCGACCAUUUCAAUGAGGUGCUAGAAGAGUACCCCAUGAUGCGACGUGCUUUCGAAACAGUCGCUAUUGAUCGAUUGGACCGCAUUGGGAAGAAGAACUCCUUGCUGCUGCAGAAGUUCCAGAAGGAUCUGAACGCUGGCGUGUUCAACACGCAGGAGAACGAGAUAUUGAAGCAGAUUAUUCGUCAGGACAGGGAGAUGGUGAUGAUGGUGGACCGCAAGCAGUCGGUCACCGGGAUGAACUCAACUCCAAUGUCAGGAAAUUCCAUCAUUAACUCACCAGCCCAGCCGCCCUUCCCAACCGCCUUCGGCACUAACCAGCUCCAGCAGUCCUCAGUGCCCAUGACCUUCAGCGCUUCAGCUAUCGCUAACGCUUCUGCUGCCCGUAUGCUGCCGGCCGCUGCCGCUGCUGCUGCUGCAGUGCAAGGGGUCUACCCUGCACCCAGUCUUUCCCAUGGCAACCUCAAUUCUUCCUCCAUCAACCCACAGACCCCGCUCCAGCAGCAGGGAGCCAUCAUGUCGCCCUGCUCCUUCACUGCGGCAAUGUGUAGUCCACCAGUGCAGACCCCUUUGGCAAACCGAAGCUUCCAGUAUAGCUCACGCACGGCCUCCCAGCUGUCGCUCAUCCAGCAGCCCAUUGCCCAGCCGUCUCUAUCCACACAGCCGCAGCUUCCCCAGCAACCUGCGUUGUCAUCUACAGCCACGGGGUCAGCAACACAGCAACCACAGCAGGCGUCGCCUCAGCAGCAGCAGCAACAGCAGGUCCCAUCACCUCAGCGUGGUGACCUCCACAAGAGCACACAGGCUCUCCAGUCAGGCAGCUUGAGCAGAGAUGUCAGACACUUAUCAGCCUCCCAACCAUCACUGCCACAUGACACAUCUCUGGGGCCCCGAGCACACCCUGCCUCAGGAGACUCUCUGGUCUCCAUUGUGCCCCCCACGGCGGUAGCGAUCCCAGGUAUGAGUCUGCAGAGUGGCAUCCGCACCACAGUCCCCCAGCGGGUCAAUCUGUUCCGCCAGAUGUCGUCGGGAGCACUGCCCCCGGUGCGCUCGGCCGCUGCUGCAGCGGCGGCGGCGGCGGCAGCAGCAGUAUCAUCAACAUCAUCCUCAACCCAGCACAGGGAAUCCCCUGGAUCUAGGAGAGAUUCUGUCCUGAGCAGUACGGAGACUGAGCAAGACAAGAUGCGUUUUGCAUCUAAUUUAUGAUCCCAUUUUUUUCCCUGGUUCAUUUUUUAAACCUAUAUAUCUUUCAAUUCAUUUUUAAAAAUGGAGAUACAAACAAAAGAGAUAAAAAUGAGGAACUUCUGCGUUUUUGUUUCUCUCCAAUCUUCUUCUAAAAUAACCUCAUAGAAAUCCUGUACAUACAAGCCCUUGUAUUAUAUUUUAGACACAUUGUCUCCCUCAACUUAAGAAUGUAUAUUAUACAGAUACAUCUCUCUUUUCUUUGCGCUAUAUAUAAAUAUAUAUACACACAUUUAUUUAUAUAUGUGUGGAUAUAUAUGCUGCUGUAUGUAUGGGAGUGUGCAUGUGAGAGUGUCUGGGUGCGUGCAUGUGACUGUGUGUAAAAUCAAACUAGAAUAUUUGGCAAUGGCAAUUUAAAAGCUGUAGUAUAAAACACGAGUCUUCCUUUCAGAGAAAUAUAAAGAAUUAUAUACAAUGUAUGAGGAUUUUUAUUUUAUUUUUGCUUUUUUUUAAAAAACUGGAAUGCAUUGUGGAUUCUGACAAUGACUUUUCCUUUUUUUUACCAAUAAGGAAGAGAAAAAUUAUCUUGUCUAUUAAGCAGCUUUAGGCACCACUGUGGAAUAAUAAAUGCAAGCGACACAAAACGAUUAAAUAAUCUCCAAAAGCACACGCACAUAAAAUGAAUCUCCUGAAUCCUCAUUUCAGAACUCAACACAGAUACUGUAACUAAGUGUUAUUUUGCUCUUGGCAACGAAAAUACAGUCUGCUGAGCCACUCUGCCCCCACAGCGGCUCACAUACAAACCAUGACAGUGUUAUGGGUCCAAAGGGAAUAGAUAAUAGAAAUGCUGCUUACUUUUUGUUUGUUUUUUUGAACAGAGUGUCAUGUGGAGACCGAUAUGGAUGGAUGCUAUUGUUUUCUAUUUCUGAUUUCAGAUGGCUGAGAUGUUAUGUAAUGUUGCUUAAAUUUCUGUGUAUAUUUAUAAUAUUUAUAAACUAAAGAUUAUCACCAUUAUGCAAUAGACUGUGACAUAAAGAUUACCUAUAUGUGUGCUGUAAAUAGUUUUGUAGAUCUAGUAUUUACAGAUACUGUGUGGUGCAUUCUAUCAUAACAAUGUCUUACUUCUAUCAGGAACCUGGAUAUCAUCUAUACGCGACAAAGGUUAAGCAACAAAAUACAUAUGUUUCAUAAGAGAUGGACAAACCUUAAUGCAAUAGCUAGCUGUACUUGAUGCUGAGAAAUGCCUGAUUGGAAGACUUUAAAAGGAUCUCUCUCUCUCUCUCUAUACUUCUCCUUGUCCUGGUAUAGUUUUUAAUUUCACAUCAAGUUAACAUACAAUAUUUACCUACAAUACAAACCUUUUUUUUUUUCCAAAUCAUCCUACAGAAAUGUGUCUUUCUCCUCAUUUCCAAAAAUCAAAACAAAUUGUUGUCGUAGUUGUCAUGCAUCGUUCAAGGACAGAAAUUAACCUUUUUUUUUUUUCAACCAUUACACCUUUUACUUUAGAUCUACAAUUUAAAUUUUGGGUGUGCUUCAUGAAUACAUUGUACUGUACGCUGUCCUAUCACAAUCACUGUAGCUAAAGAUCCUGGCACAACAUUUUUCCAACACAAAUGUUAGAGGUUAAAGACGUCGGGUAUACGGACAUUUACACCCUGAGGUGUCAGAAAAAGAAAUGCUGGUUUGCAUUAAGGUUUCUGUCUCAUGUAAAUCCAUUAUGUGGGCUUAGGUACUCUAAACUGACCUAGACUCGAGUUGGGAAAAGGGGGGGAAAAGGUCAAGCCUGAAUAUUAUGACUCUAUCACAAGAGGAAGCUAUCUCACAAUAACUAAUGAUGAUGACUCAGCUGGAAUAAGCCAUCCAUUGUGGCUUGAAGGAAAAAUCCAAGCACAUACAGUAGAAUGUCUAUGGCCUCCCUGCGGAUUAAAAACGUCUGUCAGUAAUGCAGAAUUGUUCCUAUAGAGUCAUAGUUGUCAUGGCACCAAGUAUACUGUCAGUUCAAAGUGUCUAAGCCCUUUGAGCUACAGUUUUAAAAAGAUAAGUCUUUGCUACAGAUUGUGUCGAUAGUGUACCAAUGCAGUCAACCCACCAAUGUCAUGAAAGCAUGCACUGUCACAAAUACUUAAAAAGAUACUAUCUCAAAAAUGUUGACGUUAAAUGUAAUGUUAGAUUCUGUUUUGUUCAUUGUCUGUCUGCCUAGACGUUACCUGUGUGUGAACAGAAGCAUUGACUCUUCACAUGGACAUUUCUUAAGUAUUUGUGCCUAAACUAUAGCCAUGUUCCAUCCUUUGUUAUGAGUGUGAGCUUGGUGCGUACAGGGGACACUUCUGCACACAACUGCGCGUUCAUUCUUACUAUACUCUAUGUGUUCUAUGUCUCAGUGUUUUAGACAGGAAAGGAGUAAGCAAUGAUGAUGGCCAAAUGUCUCACUUUAUCCAAUUGGUAUAUUUACUUACAAUGUGAACUCCUAGAGGCAGGUUUUUUUUCUAACACAGCCAGUCAAGCUAUAUAGAAUAUUUAAUGAGUUGGUGUACAGUUAAAAAAACAAAAGUGCAAUCUUUAGACUUGCAGUCAUAUCACGCUCAAUGAGACAUUGUACAAAUUCGGAGCACCUUUAUACCUUUCUUUGUAGCUAUAGCGACUGAUGUUUGGGUUGAAUAUUGAUGUGUGGAAGGAAACUGGCCAAAGCAACAUUCUAAGUCAUUGUCUUUGUUUUAAAUUGCACUUUCUGAUUUACUAAUAAAAAGGGUGUGGAUUCUUGCACCUAGCUUAGAUGUUGAAUGAGUAUGUAAGGCAGAGAUUGACCAUAUUCCCAAAGGAGCAGUUUUCCUCUGGUGUCGUGCUCAGGGUGGGAAGCUCAAAUGUUGAAAUAAUGCCAUAAAUUCUGUUGUAUUCCAGGUUAUAAUACAAGUUUCCAGGUCAUCUAAAGUUAGGGCAAAUGGAAAUGUGUAUUUCAACACUUCUUGGUGGAUGAGCAACUGAAAAGACCAUUUAAAAAUAAUAAUAAUAAUGAUUUGUAACCUAGCUACAGUCCGGCAAUAAUGAACAUCAGCAUUCAAUCACUAUCUUAAAUAGCUUGGUGGUGGUACACAAUUUAAAUAGAAAUGACAUUUAUUCAAGCUCACAUAAUGUUAGCUAGGAAUAGGCCUAAUGUCACAUUAGCGAGGAAGUUGAUGAAUGGUAAUGUAAGCUGUUUUCUUGCUGUAUCUCAUGGGUUAGUAAUAUUUUAUUUUAAUAAAGGCCUCACAGCCAAAAAAAGGAUAGCAGGACACAAUUAUGUGUAAAAGUUUGACUGAAGUAGUGUUGUCACAAUACCAGAAUUAUUACGUCUACAAAAUAAGCUGACAGGAAAAAUCAAUCAAUACUGAUAAGAAAAAUAGAAGUCCUAGGUCAUCCAAUAUUGGGCUAAUAUCUCUUAUUCAAUUACCAUAAAUUGCACACAAACUCCAUCACACCAUCUAAAUUGCGUAAGUAUGUUGCCAGGACGCUGAUAGCCUAACGGUUAGCUUACACCCUAUGUACAGAGGCUACAGCCCUUCAAGCACGCGGACCAGGUUCAAUUUUGACGCCAUAUUCAUCUUUGGCACUUCUUGUGUUUAAUCCCUUGGUAGCUAACAUUUGUUAUUUGCGAGUAAGUACAUGAAUGCUAACAUUAUCUGUUGUUGCAGAGUAGCAAACAGGUUAACACAUGUGCUGUUUUACUUGAAAUAUGACCUAAUGUCUUAAUUAAACCUGGUAUACAGUAGAGCAGCAUUAUACAAGUAUUGUAGCUUCCCACGCUGAGUGUGAUGAAGGAGAAAAUGGAUAUAUUGUGGGUAUGGUGAACAUCCCUGAGAGUUUGUGCUGCCCUGAUCCUGUAUGAGGUUCUUAAUGAGGGUGGGAGGUGUUCUAUUUACAACGGAGAGCGCUUAAUUGUGAAUAUGCCAUAGUGUAUAGGAACUAGUACACAGUCGAGAUGGAUAGCAGCACUGUUAGUUUGUGCUGUUCUUGAUACAUGCCUUUGGAGGGAGAGCUUCCCAACUAUGUGCUUUUUUCACUUUACCAAUCACAAAUAACAUACCGGAAUGGGCAUUAAUGGUGAUGUAAAACACAAACUUACAAGCUUACAUAUUAGCAGUAUAGCGACUCAACAAACCAGCACAUAUAUUUGUAUAUUUCUUUUUUGUUUGUUUGUUUUGUUGGUUUGAGAAUAAAAAAUAAAAAAAGAAAAGAGAUGCAAAAAGAACUGAGGAUAAUGCCCAGAGAGGACAAACCAGAUGUUCAUUUGGUUUGCGUGAUCACAGGUUUCAUAUGUUUACUGAUGAUAUGCGUAGUGGAGAGAGGGGCAGAAGCCACAAGGAGCUGCUCAGUCCUCUUUAACCCCACUCACAUGGUCAUUGUUCAGCUCAUUUAUGUAAUCCAAGGCUUAGACAAAACGAACUUUCAGUUGGUUACUUGGUACAGACGAAAGAAAGAUACAUGUAAACUUUCUUACAACAAUAUGCAGACAAACAGUGUUUGUCAAAAAAUCUUUUUGAUUUUUUUUUUGUUUAUUUUGUUUGUAAAUAAUAAACCUUUAAAAUAUAGAAAAUAAACGACAUAUUGUCAUCUUAAA